UCAUCCAUCAAUUACUUAACAAUAAAAACUCUUUAUUUUUAUAAUUAUAAAUAAAUAACUAUUACUUUAAUUAAAUAAUUAAAUUAAAAUAAUUAAAAAACACGUGUGAGUUGUGAGUAAAAAUUACGACGUAAAAUCAUCAUGGCGAUUUUCUUAUACAAAAAAUAAAUGUAUGGCCAUUUAAUUUCAUUUAUUAUAAAAUAAUAAUUUUUAAUUGUAUGGAAAUAAAUUGUAAAUAUAAAUAAUGGCUAGUAGCAUAACAGAGUACGUAAAAAAUCAAGAAAUCCAAGAGAGAUGUAACCAGUGGGUAACACAAAGUAUAUUAUCAUCCUCGACUUUAAGUAAUAGCAAUAAAAGAGACCGUGAUAAAGAGAGUGAUUUUGAUGUAUCUGAAUGUUUUGACACUGAUUCCGAGUUUGAUUCAGUGUCUGAAUGUGGUGGUAAAAAGCGACGAUUAAAGGUACAUUUGAAAAAAGAAGUUCUUAAUUUAAUUUGCGAAUGGAAAGAUUGUCAGUACACCAGCACAGAUGUUGAGCGCUAUGUCCAUCAUGUUGCUAAUCACGUCUCUGAUUUAGAUGUUAAAAUCUUGAGCAAUAUUAAUAAUAAUUAUAAUAGUGAUAAAAGUGAUGCUGAUGAAAGCAAUAAAAAUAAUGAAGAUAAUGAGGAUGACCAAGAUGAUAUUGAUGAUAAAGGCGUUUAUGUUUGUAAAUGGAAACAUUGCCAGUAUGAAAAUGAUAGUAUACCAGAUAUUAUUAAGCAUGUUAAUUAUCAUUCUUAUCAUACUAAAUUAAAAUGUAUUGGGUCCAAUAUACGAGCUAGAAUUAAAUUACCUAAAUGUCAUCGAGAAAUGAUUCAAACAGUAUUUCAUUCAUCAACGCCAUUAUUUUGUAACUGGGAAGAAUGUUUGAAGUUAUUUAACAAUUUUCAAUUAUUUUUAUAUCACGUUGGUCAGCAUGUUGAAAGUAAUCCACGCGGUAAUAACGUCAGCGGUGGUAUAGAAUGUCUUUGGACUGGCUGUAAACGUAAAUUUCCAAGCAUACAUAAAUUAAAGGAUCACAUUAAAUGUCACACAAAAGAAAAAGUUGUUGCUUGUCCAACUUGUGGUGCAGUUUUCGCAUCAAAUACUAAAUUAUUUGAUCACUGUCGACGACAAAUUUCUAUUGAAACCCAAGGAUUUCAAUGUUCCUACUGUACAAAAUUUUAUCCCACGGAAAAUAUAUUACGUGAACACAUGAGAUUUCAUGUAUUUAAAUACAAAUGUAGUCUUUGUGAUAUGAGCUGCGAAUCACCAGCAGCUUUAGCUAAACACGUAAGAUAUCGACACGUCAGUACAAGACAAUUUAGUUGUCAAUUGUGUGAACAUGCUGCUAAAUCACAACAAGAUUUGGAUUCACACAUGACAGUUCAUACUAAUGGUCAUAAUUUUUUUUGUAAUAAUGACGGAUGUUCUUACACAUGUAAAAAUGCUUAUGUACUUGAUAGGCACAUUGAACGUGUUCAUAGAUCAGAAGUUAGAUGGUACUGUUGUCAUGAGUGUCCAAUAAAAUAUAGACGGAGUUAUAAUUUAACAAAACAUCUAAUUGGAGCACAUAAUUUACGAUGGCCUGAUGGACACAAACGUUUUCAGUAUACAAGAGUGGAAGACGGUUGUUAUCGAUUACAAAUGGUUCGAUAUGAAUGUAUUGAUGAAGAAGACGAUGCUCGUGAUUCGAUUGUUCAAGAAUCGGAAUUACCCCAAAAAGAUUAUAAAAUUAAAGUCAAUACUGACUCUGGUAUUCCUAAUUAUAUAAUAAUGGAAGAUAAUGGUGAUGAUAGUAAUGCACAACAAGAAGUAAAUACUGACGUUGAUGACAAUGUUGGCAAGUCGAUGCCAACAUUAUCAAACAUUUUAAUUUCAAUUGAUGAAGUUGAUGAACAUGGUAAUAUUAUUAAUCGGCAAGUUAUUGAGACACAAGAAACUAAAACUUUGCCAUCUUCUGAUGAACCACCAGUUAUUCUAGGACGUUAAUUUUAAGUAAAAAGUCUAAAGUAAGACUUGGAAAAAAAUAAAUAAUAUUUUUUUUCAUUGUGAUAAAUUAUUUUUUAUUACACAUCAAUAAAAAAUAAUAAUAAUAUUAACAACAAAGUA